AUGUCCAUACACCAACUGCAAGAUUUAAUCCUCAUGCACCUUAGCUGGUGGAUAAAGGGUUGGGGGGAUCACUUCCCAUAUUACAGUGAAGAGAUCAUCAGGAACCCCACUUGUCUCACUUGGGCCUUCUCAAAUGGAGUUACUGGAGUUAACCCUAGAGUUAACCGAAUCUCCGGCCCUCAAUCACUCUGGAAUCCGCCGAUAUUGGGCCACCUCAAAUGGAACGUGGAUGCAUCAUUUAAAUCCUCCACCCAGUCGUCGGCCAUUAGAGGGGUUUUGCAAGACAGUAACGGGCUUUUCAAGUGCAUCUUCUCAAGUCCAGUUCCCCCUAUCGAAAUCAAUGGAGCAGAAGUGCUAGCUAUCUACCGGGCCAUCCAAAUAUCAGUCAUAUGUGAAACCAUCAAUGGACACCCCAUAAUUGUGGAAUAUGACUCUGUAAAUGCAGUGAGAUGGUGUAAUGAAGACUCAGGUGGGCCAUGGAAUCUGAAUUUCCAACUGAACUUUCUUCGAAUUCAAGAAAAGGCUGGUUGA